AUGGCCUCUACUGCCACGGCGUAUGUGGCCUCUACUGCCACGGCGUAUAUGGCCUCUACUGCCACGGCGUAUAUGGCCUCUACUGCCACGGCGUAUAUGGCCUCUACUGCCACGGCGUAUAUGGCCUCUACUGCCACGGCGUAUGUGGCCUCUACUGCCACGGCGUAUAUGGCCUCUACUGCCACGGCGUAUAUGGCCUCUACUGCCACGGCGUAUAUGGCCUCUACUGCCACGGCGUAUAUGGCCUCUGCUGCCACGGCGUAUAUGGCCUCUACUGCCACGGCGUAUAUGGCCUCUACUGCCACGGCGUAUAUGGCCUCUGCUGCCACGGCGUAUAUGGCCUCUACUGCCACGGCGAAUAUGGCCUCUACUGCCACGGCGUAUAUGGCCUCCACUGCCACGGCGUAUAUGGCCUCUACUGCCACGGCGUAUAUGGCCUCUGCUGCCACGGCGUAUAUGGCUUCUACUGCCACGGCGUAUAUGGCCUCUGCUGCCACGGCGUAUAUGCCCUCUACUGCCACGGCGUAUAUGGCCUCUACUGCCACGGCGUAUAUGGCCUCUACUGCCACGGCGUAUAUGGCCUCUACUGCCACGGCGUAUAUGGCCUCUACUGCCACAGCGUAUAUGGCCUCUACUGCCACGGCGUAUAUGCCCUCUACUGCCACGGCGUAUAUGGCCUCUACUGCCACGGCGUAUAUGGCCUCUACUGCCACGGCGUAUAUGGCCUCUACUGCCACGGCGUAUAUGGCCUCUACUGCCACGGCGUAUAUGCCCUCUACUGCCUGGCUGUGA